AAGUAAAAUUGAAAUAACACUAAACGAAAGCGUAGUUGCCAUAUUCAUCAAACGGGUGUGUUUUGUUUCAGUUUGCGUAGAGCGCUUGAAUUAAGAUAUUGAAUUGAUCAGAUACAUUUUUGCGUAUCCUAAAACAAUUUUUGCGUAUUCUAAAACUAUUUGUGCGCUGUGAUUCAAUGCCUAGAAGUUUAUUGUCGUCUCGCUAUCGCCAUUGUAAUUUUGCCCGUCUGAAAGCAAAAACUAAAAUGUCCCUUUCCAAUGCAAAACCUUCAAAGCGUUCCAGAAUAUGGGAUCCGUUAAAACGCGAAAUAAACACACGAAGCAUGAUGAAAAAUGCAGUAGGUCUCAAAGGUCGCCUCCAUUCUCAUCAACUGUCGCUGAUUCAAUCUGAAAAUUGGCUAACGAGUGAUCUUCUACCUUUCACUGUACGGUAUGAGCUAGAACAGCGGCACAAUAUCGAACUCAUGGCCCAUUACGGAGAUGAUAAGUCCGAAGUCACCAUUUACUACGACGAUGAUGAUUCCGACGUGGAAAAUGAAUACUUUGAUCCGAAACCUCGCCGCAUAGACUUUGAUCACAUGGAAAUUGUGAAUCAAAAUGUCGAUGGUGGUUAUGUCAGCGAAGAAAAUGUGUCGAAGCCAAAGAAGAAGAAGACGAAGAAGGACAAGCUUUCAGGUGACGAAGAAGACAAAAAUUUGGUCUGUGACAUUUGCAAGAAGAUUUUCGAUAAGCGGUGGACUUUAAACAGUCACAUGCUUGUACAUUCUGGUGAUAAACCAUAUCGUUGCACUUAUAAGACAUGCACCAAGCAAUAUGCAGACAGAUCAAACCUACGUGCUCAUCAGCGUUCAAAAAUGCAUCACUCGUGGAAAAUUUUCUGUAAUCAAUGUACGAAGCCAUUUAGCGAACAACGUUACAUGAACCUGCACAGCCUGUCCGCUUGUCGCAAAUAUUUGGCUAGCAUCAGCAAGAAAGGCCCUGCCUAAAAUUUGAAUUUCCAACCAAAAAUGAGUUUUCUAUUUCCUUGUGAAAAUAACACAAUUUAUAUGUCGUUUCGAUGUGAAAUAAAUGUUCAUUUAUGUUGUUACUCA